CUUCUCAGAUCGAUUGUGAGAGGCGUCUCCUGUGAGCCUGCGGCAUCCUUUUGGCUCGACCUCACGUGAAUAGUCCUGAUGCAAAAAAAUGUCCCCAGGUGGAUCUUAGCUUUCACUGGAACCAUGAAGGAAUGCACCGUAGUGGUCUUUUCCUAAAAUGGGUCGGCAGCCUCUAUUACCGGACAAGUAGGAAGGCUCUAAAUGCUCUUUCACAGAGCGAAGACGAGGGAUUCUGGCAGGCCUGGGGUGGGACAGAGAGCAUGGCUGAACCCCGGCGGGAGAGCACCAGCAGCCUGCAGAGGAAAAAGCCCCCCUGGCUCAGACUGGACAUUCCCACGGCUCAGAUGUCGCUGGACGAGCCGUCCAAUUUUGUUCAGCCCGUGAAGAGGCAGGGCUUCCUGCGCAGCAUCAGCAUGCCAGUGGAGACCUCUCACCUCCAGUCACCACCCCGCGACCUUUUUGACACCCGGCGGCCUGUCUUACAACGCCAGUCAUCCAUCACUCAGACCAUAAAGAGCAGCAGAAGGGUGCACUUUGAGCGGAUUAACACGGUCCCCAUUAAGGGGCAGCGGGCUGCUCGCCGCAGCAUCAGGAAACACCAUUCGCUCUCCAGAACCCUGCUCAGGGGAACAGCAGACUGGUUCGGGGUCAGUAAGGACGGCGAUUCUACUCAGAAAUGGCAGCGGAAAAGCCUGCGCCACUGCAGCCUGCGCUACGGGAAGCUGAAACCGCAGGUGAUACGAGAGCUGGAUCUGCCCAGCCAGGACAACAUCUCCUUAACCAGCACGGAAACGCCGCCUCCUCUCUACGUCCCUUCCUCACAAUAUGGCAUGCAAAAGAUUGUGGACCCGUUGGCCAGGGGACGGGCGUUCCGCAUGGUGGAGGAGGUGGACGGCUACAGCGUCCCUCAGACCCCGAUCACGCCCGGAGCCGCCUCGCUCUGCUCCUUCACCAGCUCCCGCUCGGGUCUCAAUCGACUGCCUCGCCGCCGCAAGAGGGAGUCCGUGGCAAAGAUGAGCUUCAGGGCCGCGGCGGCACUCGUCAAGGGGCGCUCAAUACGGGACGGCACGCUGAAGCGGGCCCAAAGACGCAGCUUCACCCCGGCCAGCUUCAUGGAGGAGGACAUGAUUGACUUUCCCGAUGAACUGGACACGUCUUUCUUUGCCAGAGAUAUUAUGAUGCAGGAGGAGUUGUCUACAUACGCCGACGAGGUGUUCGAGUCGGCGUCUGAGGCGGCCAUGAAAGAGGAAGAGCCCAGCAGCAAGAACGACGAGACGGAGCUGACAGGCAGCGCGCUCGAUAAGACCGAGCUGGAGAGAAGUCAUCUCCUGCUACCUCUGGAGCGAGGGUGGCGCAAAGCCAAAGAAGGCACGCCGGGUCCGCCCAAGGUGCCCUUGCGGCAGGAGGUUGUGAGCGUCACCGGGCAGCGGCGCGGCCAGCGCAUCGUUGUGCCCGUCAAGAAGCUUUUCGCCCGAGAGAAGAGGCCUUACGGGUUGGGCAUGGUGGGGAGGCUCACGAACCGCACGUACCGCAAGCGCAUUGACAGCUACGUCAAGCGACAGAUAGAGGACAUGGAUGACCACAGGCCUUUUUUUACAUACUGGAUCACCGUUGUCCACCUGCUCAUCACUAUCCUGGCUGUAUGCAUCUAUGGUAUCGCACCAGUGGGCUUCUCCCAGCACGAGACAGUUGAUUCCGUUUUAAGAAACAAAGGUGUGUAUGAAAAUGUCAAGUUUGUACAGCAGGAGAACUUUUGGAUCGGGCCGGGGUCGGAGGCUCUUAUCCACUUGGGGGCCAAAUUCUCUCCAUGCAUGCGGCAGGACGGACAGGUGCAUGAUCUUAUCAGGGAAAAGAGAGCCAUCGAACGCAACUCCGCCUGCUGCGUGCGUAACGAUCGCUCCGGCUGUGUCCAAACCUCCGAGGAACAGUGCUCGAGUACUCUAGCUGUGUGGGUGAAGUGGCCAAAGCAUUCCAGCACUCCCAAGUUACACGGUAAAGACCGACAAUACGGUUCUGUGUGUCAUCAGGAUCCGAGGAUAUGUCUGGAGCCCGCCUCAGUAUCGCCUCAUGAAUGGCCCGAUGACAUCAGCAAGUGGCCAAUUUGUACCCGGUACAACACAGGGAACCACACCAACCUGCCUCAUAUAGACUGUACCAUCACAGGCCGACCAUGCUGCAUUGGAACCAAAGGGAGGUGUGAAAUCACAUCCCGGGAAUAUUGUGACUUCAUGAACGGCUACUUUCACGAGGAGGCUACUCUCUGUUCUCAAGUGCACUGCAUGGACGAUGUGUGUGGACUUUUGCCUUUCCUCAACCCUGAGAUCCCAGAUCAGUUUUACAGGCUCUGGCUCUCACUCUUCCUGCAUGCUGGGAUCCUCCACUGCCUCGUGUCGGUGGCUUUCCAGAUGACCAUCCUGAGGGACCUGGAGAAGCUGGCGGGCUGGCUGCGCAUCUCAAUCAUCUACAUUCUCAGUGGCAUCACUGGCAACCUUGCUUCGGCCAUCUUUUUGCCCUACAGAGCGGAGGUGGGCCCAGCGGGCUCUCAGUUGGGGAUCCUAGCCUGCCUGUUCGUGGAGUUGUUUCAGAGCUGGCAGAUCCUUGCCCAGCCCUGGAGGGCCUUCACCAAGCUCCUGUGCGUGGUGCUCUUCCUCUUCGCCUUCGGGCUGCUGCCAUGGAUCGACAAUUUUGCCCACAUUUGGGGCUUCAUCUCCGGCUUCUUUCUGUCCUUCGCCAUCUUGCCUUACAUCAGUUUCGGCCGCAUGGACAUUUAUCCCAAGCGAUGUCAAAUCAUUGUUUUCCUGCUGGUGUUUGUCGGGCUUCUUUUCAGGCCUGGUGUGCUCUUCUACGUUUACCCAAUCAAGUGUGACUGGUGCGAGUUGUUAACUUGCAUCCCCUUCACGGACAAAUUUUGCGCAAAGUACGACCUCAACGCUCACCUCCACUAAAGGGAGAGGGGGGGGGGGGGGGUACCACAGGAAGGCAUCAGGUCAAAAGGUGUGGACCGACUGUCCCCUUCCCAUACGAACAGUGACAAUGUACUCGUUUUGUUGUUUUUUACCCCGUCAGUAUGAAAAACCUUCGUGACUCAUCGUAAACACUUCCUUUAAUCACCUCCAUGUUCACCGGCAGUCAUUAUCACUCCGUCGCUGUCCAGUGAAACAAAGUUAUGGCUCUUCUGAACCUCAUCAAAAUUCCCUGAUGCCCUUUACAUGCGAGGCAGGAGCUCAAGAAGCCAGCGCUGGUACAGGCAGAUGUUCACACUCCAGAAUCAAACAGAAGCAGGGACAAAAAUCCAAUAUCGAUACCGUUGGUGCCUUGUUGCUAAAUGUACCAACUACUGCCAUAUUUUUGUUACAGAAUAAUGAGCACUCGAAUGUUUUCUUUUAUUUGUGUAUUGCUUCUCAAGAGGUGAUGAUUGUCUUGAACUUGGUAGCGUUUUAGCUACCUGUCUAAUCACAUGUAACUGAAAAAAACAGUAAAAGAAAUCUGCAAAUGAAAA